UGGUGUGCGAGACACCCGAGACUAGACACGCUCCGGACGCGGCCAGCGAGAAGCUGAGCGAACGAGAGAAAGAGAAAAGGGAGAAGGCAGGCGGCAGCGGAAGCAAAAGAGGCGAAGAGGACGCGCAGCUUGGCCGGGACAGAGGAAGGAGGCUGCUCCCUGCCUUCGUGCCUGCCUGCCUCGCCAGGAUCGACGCGGAACUAGAGCCGCCAGCCGGAGCGCAGCCUUCGAGAGGGCAUGGACGUGAUGCUCCUGGUCCAGGGCGCUUGUUGCUCCAACCAGUGGCUGGCCGCGGUGCUGCUCAGCCUCUGCUGCUUGCUGCCCUCCUGUCUCCCCGCCGGUCAAAGUGUAGACUUCCCCGGGACGGCUGUGGAGAACCUGGUGGUCCGGAAAGGGGACACGGCGGUGCUGAGAUGUUACUUGGAAGAUGGAGCUUCAAAAGGUGCCUGGCUGAACCGAUCAAGUAUUAUUUUUGCAGGAGGAGACAAGUGGUCAGUAGAUCCUCGAGUUUCAAUUGCCACAGCAAAUAAAAGGGAAUACAGUCUCCAGAUACAGAAUGUGGAUGUGUCAGAUGAUGGUCUGUAUACUUGUUCAGUGCAGACCCAACACACGCCCAGAACCAUGCAGGUGUACUUAACUGUAAAAGUUUCUCCAAAGAUAAGUCAUAUCUCAAAUGAUAUUGUGGCGAAUGAAGGAAGCAACAUCACACUGGCGUGCUUGGCUACAGGGAAACCUGAUCCUUCCAUCUCUUGGAGACAUAUCUCUCCAUCAGCCAAACCAUUUGAAAGUGGACAGUACUUGGACAUCUAUGGAAUUACAAGAGACCAAGCUGGGGAGUAUGAAUGUAGUGCUGAAAAUGAUGUCUCAGUUCCAGAUGUGAAAAAAGUAAAAGUGACAGUAAACUUUGCCCCAACAAUUCAGGAAAUAAAAUCCAGUGGAGUGAUUCUUGGAGGGACUGGAUUCAUAAGAUGUGAAAGUGCGGGUGUUCCUUCCCCAGCUUUUGAAUGGUACAAAGGAGAAAGGAAAUUGAUCAAUGGGCAACAAGGAAUUACUAUAAAGAGCUAUAGUUCAAGAUCAUUUUUAAAUUUCAACAAUGUGACAGAGGAGCAUUUUGGCAACUAUACAUGUGUCGCUGCCAACAAAUUAGGCACAACCAAUGCCAGCCUGCUUCUUAACCCUCCAAGUACAACUCAGCUUGGGAUCACUGGGGGCGCUGAAGUUCUCUUGUCCUGCUGGUACCUUGUGUUGACACUGUCCUCUUACACCAGCAUAAUGUACCUGAAGAACACCAUUCUACAAUAAAUAUAAAGAACCAUGAAAAGCUUUUAAGGAUUCUUUGAAAGUGCUGAUGACUGGAUCCAAUCUGGUAGAGUUGGUUAAAAAACGUCGUGGGAUAUAAUCAGCAGUGCUUGUAUGGGAAUGAUCGCCUUUGUAGAAUUGCUCAUUAUGUAAAUACUUUAAUUCUACUCUCUUUUUUAUUAGCUGCAUUACCUUGUGAAGAAGUACACAUUGUCCUUUUUCUUUUCCUUUCUCUCUCUCUCUUUUUUUUCUUUUUGGAAGAUGUGAAAUUAUUUUUAGAGGAUAUUAAUUGUGAGUUCAUGUUUGUAAUCUAUAACUUUUCAAAAGCAUUCAGUCAUGGUCUGCCAAGUUGCAGACAAUAGUUUACAUAAAAAGAACCCAAAUAAUUGCAGUUAAAAAAAAUGUGAUCUUUAAGGCUGCAAUACAAGCAUUCAUUUCCCUCUUUAAAUAAGAUUCUAUCUGUAUUGACACAGAAUCUCUUUUUUUUUUACAGAAAAAGCUAAAUAACAAUGGCUUUGAUUCAUCUCUUCAAAAAUAGAAUACAUACCUAGAUUUUCUCCUAGCAUGACACUCAGAUUUCAAGAAUGAGCUUUGUAAUAUGACUGCCCCGUGCAGUUAUGUUUUGAUUUUGAUUUUCUUGUCUGUUCAGCAUGGGUGUGCCUUCAUAAGAUACUUUCUCUUCCUCUCAGAUGGGAGAUUAUAUAAAUAUAUAUAUAUAUACAUAUAUAUAUUUUGGUAGAUGCUAAGUUCAAGGGUACUGAAUCUCUUAUUAAGAACAAAGGUGCUAUUGGCUGUACCAGUGGGGAAAGGAACGAUCCAAACACUGAGCACAGAAGCAGACAGAGUAAACAGGUCGUACUUAAAGGGUUUUUUUUUUCCAGAUCUGUACAAAAACAACAGAUAUCUCAGAGGCUUCUUUAUGAGUGUAGCCCCUUUUCUUUGUUCAUAUUGUGUCACGAUUUUUAAAAGACUGCAGAGAAAGUGAGCAUUCCUUUAUUUUACUAAAUGUUAAUAAGCAAUGUCAAAAGUUGCGUUUCGGCAUUGUUCUUCCUGUUUAGUAGAUAGUGUCGGUAAAACCUAAACCUUUUGAACGGUCAGAAUGUUUAAAAAUGUUUUUAAAACCUACAUGUUUUUAAGAUACAUAUGUUCAUGUGCACAGACAUCAGGAAUAGCAUCUGUUCCAAUAACAGGGCACAGAUGCUACAUAGGAAUGUGCUAAUGUAUCAUUGGUACUCAAACAUUUUUCUAAAGUUAGUUUGGUUAAACAAUAAAUGACUGUUUCCUCUCCUACAUAAACACGUGGCUGAAGAAUUUCCCCAAACGUUUGCAGUAACCGUGCCAUAAUCUUCACCUGUUUUACGUGUACGUAGGAGAGAGAGGUCAUGUAAAUGCUGGAUUAUGAUGUUAUGCCACACAAUGUAGGGAAGAUUAUAGAAAAAUGCAGAUGGAUGUAAUGUUAUUCUGAAACAUGUAUUUAGAACUUACAGAACACACAAGAGGGGUAUAAAAGAGCUUUUCCCUCCUUACUCAUAAGUUAUUUUAAAUGCAACUUGUAAGAAGUCAGUAUUUUUUUCAAAUGUUAUGUGCUACAUAUCUGGUUGCCAUAGUAUUCUCUAUCCUUGUCUUAGCGUAAUGUUGCAUUUUCUCCCCAGAACUGACUUUGAUAGGUUUACAAGUCCUAUUUCAAUUUAGUUUAAUGCUAAA